GACCAGCAGGAGGAGACUUGUGAGUCCAAGGUGUGCAACUCUAACAACUGACCUGACUUGAGACUGGACCCCACGACUCGAUAUUGAGACAUGAGACCACUGUGACUUGGCGCUUGGUGAGUCGGGCCUGUGACUUGACGAUGAGAGUUUAGUCACUGACUGACCUUGGACUUGCUCCCAGCGCACUGGAACACCUGAUCUCGGUCGGUCAUAUGGACAUGCAAGCAUCUGGAGGAGGGUGACUGGCGGACCUGAAUAUGGUGAGGAUGCGGUCCAGGAGCGGCCCAGACCCCGAGGCCCCGGGUGACGGACUGGAGCCUGACUUCCCGGGUGAGAAGACCCAGGUCCAGAGGAAGACAAGGGACCCGCUGGACCUGAGCAGGAAGGACCUUCUCCAACUUCUGGGAAUCAUGGAGGGAGAAGUUCAGGCCAGAGAGGACAUCAUCGGCCUGCUGAAGUCUCAGAGGAGUGGGCCCGCGCUUCUGGAGGCACAGUAUGGUUCUGCUGCCCCCUGCAGGCCACUGCAGGCCCUGCAGAGAGACGGUCAGUUCACCUGCCGCAGGACGCGAGAGGACGUCUACCAGAAACCCAUGAUGCAGCUGCAGCUCCUGGAGGACAAGCAGAAAGAGACCUACAGGCGGAUGCUGGAGCAGCUGCUGCUCGCCGAGAAGUGUCACCGCCGCACGGUCAUGGAGCUGGACAGCGAGAAACGCAAGCACGUAGACUUCAUGAACAAGAGCGACGACUUCACCGACCUGCUGGAGCAGGAGAGAGAGAGGCUGAAAAGGCUCCUGGAGCUGGAAAAGACCUACCAGGCCCGGAAGGACAAAGAGCACAGUCGGCGCCUGGACCGCGUCCGCGCCGAGCUGCUCCAGCUCAAGUCCUUGGCGCUGAUGUUGGUGGAUGAGCGGCAGACGCACCUGGAACAGAUGGAGCAGCAGGUCCAGAGGGUCAGGGAGCUGAGCCAGAAGCUGCAGGACAGGGAGCAGCGGCUGGCGGCGAUGGAAGGUGCCUCGGAGGAGGGCGGUCGCAAGAUGUUGAAGCUGGAGGCUGAACUGGAGCAGAAGAGGUCCCAACUGAUGCAGGAGCAGGCAGAGAUGAGUGCCAAGCUGGCGGAGCAGGAGUCCAGCGGCCGGCAGCUCAGUUUGAGGCUCAGCGCACAAGCAAAGAAGGUGGAGGAAUUGGAGGAGCACAACAAGGCUCUUCAGAGGUCAGAGGAGGACCUGCAGGAGCUGAGGGAGAAGAUCAGUAGAGGCCAGUGCGGGAAUGCCUCGCUCAUGGCCGAGUUGGAGAGUCUACGAAUGAGGGUCCUGGAGAUGGAGGGGAAAGACGAGGAGAUCUCCAAAACUGAGUCUCAGUGCCGGGAACUUGGAACCAAACUGCAGGAUGAGGAGAACCAUAGCAGGGAGCUGCGGCUAGAGGUGGACAAGCUACAGAAGAGGAUGGUGGAUCUGGAGAAACUAGAGUUGGCCUUCAACAGGAGCAAAACAGAAUGCUGGCAGGUCCAGACCAACCUGGAGACAGAGAAGCAGACGGUGAGGAACCUGACGAGCGAGCUGGACGUGGUGAAAGGUCGAGUGAAGGAACUGGAGUUGGCCGAGAAGAAGUUUGAGACCACGGAGCUGGUGCUCAAAGAUGAUCUCAUGAGGCUCAAGUCUCUCACCGUCAUCCUGGUGGAUGAGCGGAAGAACUUGGCCGAGAGGCUCAAGCAGGAGGAAGAGAGAAGCAGCGAGCUGGGGACCAAGUUUAAAGCUGAGCAGAACAAGGUCACAGAGGUCACAGAGAAGUUGAUAGAAGAGAGCAAGAAGCUGCUGAAGUUGAAGUCUGAGAUGGAGGUCCAGGUGACCAACUUAUCUCACGCCAAAGAGGAGCUGAAGACAGAGCUAGCAGCCAAGGAGGACAGGUGCUCGGAGCUGAGCGGGAUGCUGAGCAGCUUGCAAGAGAAGAUGAGGAAGAUGGAGGAGGCAGAGAGAAGGUGGCACAGCGAGAACGCAGAGAGAGCGCUCGAGGAGGGCCCAAAGGUCAGGGAGCUGUCACAGGAAAUUGAACGACUCAAGAGCCGCCUUGAACAGCUGGAGGUCGUGGAGGGGGAUUUGAUGAAGACGGAAGACGAGUACGACCUCCUGGAGAAGAGGUUCAGGUCUGAGCAGGACAGAGCCAGCGUCCUGUCCAAACUGCUGGAGGACACCAGAAGCCAGCUAGUCUGGAGCAAGAAGGUUGAGAGAGGAGAAGCCACCAGUUUGGAAGCCGAGCUGAGACAUCGCUGCAAGACCGAGGAAGCUCGAUCCAGAGGGCUCCAGGCCGACGUCCAGGCCCUGAAAGAGAAAAUCCACGAGCUGAUGAACAAGGAGGACCAGCUGUCCCAGCUUCAGGUGGACUUCUCCGUCCUGCAGCAGAAGUGUCUAGCGGAGGAAGGGACGAGCCGGAGACUGAGUCAGGAGGUACACCACCUCAGCAAGGAGCUGGAAGCCACCAAGCGCUACAGUCGUGUGAUGAGACCUGGGACCAACGGCAGCAGGAUGGUGGACGUACCGGUGACGUCCACUGCAGUCCAGACCGACAUGGCUGCCGGCAAUGACGAGGACUCCACCGCCGGAUUCAUCAGACAAUCGGUCCAGGAGGAGAACCGCUUCAUGAACAAUCUCAGACAUCAGGACCUCAUGAGGCCGUCCGUCCUGGACCGAUACCCUGCAGCUUCGGCAGACGGGCCCACACGGCAGCCAUGGACGCCUUGGAGCAGCUGGAAGGAGGACAGCGCUCCGGAGAUGUUCCGAAGGCCGGGAAAACCUCUCCACAUCCGCGUGACGCCGCACCAUGCGAACAGCACAGCUACUCUGGAGAUCACCAGUCCCAGAGGGGAGGACUUCUUCUCCAGCACCACCAUCAUACCUACCCUGGGACAUCAGACGCCUCGCAUCACCAUAGUCCCAAAAGCUACAAGUGUGUCCUCCAAGAUUCCAGACCCACCGGGGCACCUGACGCGGGUCAACUCCCCGGUCACCAUAACCACCAUCUCCAGAGCCAAAAGUCCAGUGAAAAAAAGCGGCAGCCGCACAGAGCUCCUGCAGUCACCAGUCUCCAUCAUCACAGUCAGCACAACCCCCGUCUCCGAGGUGUGUGAGUCACCGGACCCUCACCAAAACCCCGCAGGCAGGACCGUGAUCAAGAUGACCCCAGAGAGGCAGUCCGCCGCCAGACCUGGGAGGACGUGCAGCAGCAGCAGCAGCAUCGUCACAACCGAGGAUAACAAGAUCCACAUCCAUCUGGGUCCACAGAUGAAGACCAGUGGUCAUCCUGCGCCUCUCCAGCCGCUCAGCCCGGAAACGAGUCCCAGCUCAGCGCAGAUACCCUCGCUGAAGACGGCGCUGGCCAAGAUGAAGAGCAGUAUCAUGAUCACGCCUGUCUCUUCAGCUGCAUCCAGACCGGGUCCGCCAGUGGUGAGCACCUUCACUGACUCCCUGACAGCUCCUGACCCAUCUGCACUCAAGCGCUGUUGUCCUUGUCUCGGUCCCCAGCUCGCUCCGGACGCGCGUCCCUCUCGAAGCGGCGCCACUCAGAUGCCGCUGGCAUGGAGCUUGAAGCCGGGAGGCGUCACCAAAGCGGUGCUGGGUGUCUCCACGCUGACCAGAGUCGAGGCCCGGACAGAAGGUCAGUCGAUGAAGAUCGAGCUGAAGAGUCCAACGUUGCUUGGCCAAGUGGGCAAGACCUGAUGGAGGUAACCCGCCUCUGCCGCCACACUACAUCCCAAGCUGCAGCUUCCUGGAGCUGGUCUGGGAGCCGAGUUGCACUGCACGCUGCUCACCAUCGCUCGGGAGGAUUCAGAUUCAAGCUGUAAUAAAUGUGUUUAUCUGACUGGUAGCCUCACUUUUGUCCUCUCUGCCUGGAGGGGUGGUGGUUCUGAGUCUUGAGUCUGAGGAUGAAGACCCUCAUCACUUCCUGGUUCAGCAUGUGACACGAGAACAACGGUCUUGUCCCAGUGUAACGUUUCCAGCUUUCAUUCACUUCCCAAAGCAGUGGAAUGUAAAUGAAUGGCCCGAUUAACUGCUUUUUUUCUGAAGUCAACUGUAUUUUCAGAGGCACUUGAACGCGCCAUCUGCCAUUCGGCGUUUGAGAUGCGCAGUGGAAGGUACCGCCUUCCUUUUCCACUGAUUGGCUGUAGGAGCAUUAGCCACGCCCUUCUACUUCCGGCCCAAGCUGCAACUACUUUCCAGUCGAGGGUUUCGCGUUUUUUUUAUUAUGACUAAAUUAUUAAUGAAAGCGAAAAUAGCUUUUCUUGGUAGAUUGAAAGGUCAGCGCUUUAAAAUUUGUAAUAUUUAGCAAUACUACUCUACUACUCAGCAUACUUCUUUUAGUGAAUAUAAAAUAAUAUGAUGA